AUGGUGCGCAACGUGGACGACCUGGACUUCUGCCUGUCCUCCCAUCCUCAGAGCAUCCUGGAGGGCUUGCGCUCCCUCUGCUCUCACCCCAAGCUGGUCGACGUGACGCUGAGCGCGGGCGGCCGCGACUUCCCCUGCCACCGCAGCGUGCUGGCCCUCUGCAGCGCGUACUUCCGCAGCAUGUUCUCGGGGGACUUUGUGGAGAGCAUCGCGGCGCGCGUGGACCUCGGCGACGUCGACCCGGACAUACUCGGCUGCCUGCUGGACUUUGCGUACACGGGCAAGCUGACCAUCAACCAGGGCAACGUGGAGGGGCUGAUCUGCACGUCCAGCCGGCUGCAGUUCCAGACGGUGAGGACCGUGUGCAGCCGCUACCUCCAGCACCAGAUCGACGCGACCAACUGCCUUGGGAUCCUGGAGUUCGGGGCCAUCCACGGCUGCCCCGAGGUGAUGGCCAAAGCGUGGGCCUUCCUCUUGGAGAACUUCGAGGCAGUGCAGCAAGGGGAGGAGUUUCUGCUGUUGGGACGGGAGAGGUUGGUUGCGUGCCUGUCCGACGAAGGGCUACAGAUCCGGACAGAGUGCACCCGCGUGGAGGCCAUCCUGAAAUGGGUCCGGCACCACAGUGAGUCUCGGCUCGGCCACCUCCCCGAGCUCCUCGCCUUGUCCCGGAUCCCUCUACUUGGCCUGGACUACCUGGCUGACACCCUGCUGAAGGACAGUCUGGUGCAGGCCUCUCCCAGCUGCAGAGAGGCGGUGGAAAAAAUUCACAGAGAGAAGAUGGAUUUGGCACCGGAAUACACGGACAGACUCGACUCCCUGAGUCCGCAACCGAACCUGCAAGAGGUGCUGUUGGUAAUGGGAGGUCGCUCACUGGAUGACUCGGACGGUGAGGACGAUGAGGAUGAAGAGGACAGAGACCCAAGACUGGUGCACAGGAACUGUGCCUUCUACAACACAAAGACAAAACUGUGGCAUGAGCUCCCGAAUUUCCCCAACCCCAACAAGUGGGGUUACGCCCUGGUCUCCCUGAACAAUGACGUGUACGUCACAGGGGGCUCGCGAGGCUCCAAUACCAACACCUGGUCCACCACAGAGACCUGGAAGUACAUCACAAGAGAGGGGAGGUGGGUCACCGUGGCACCCAUGCUCCUGCCGCGCACCAACCACACGUCGGCGACGCUCAACGGCGAAAUUUACGUCAUUGGAGGGACAACGUCGAACCGCGUUGAGGUGGAGCACUACGACCCGUACAACGACACCUGGACCUUGACGUGCCCCGCCUUGAAAUACGUGACUAAUUUCACGGCCACAGCGUGUCACGGGAAGCUCUACGUGAUCGGCUCGUGCGCUGUGAAGUAUAACGCUUUGGCCAUGCAGUGUUACAACCCUGUUAUAGAUAGCUGGAUCAACAUAUGUUCACCCUUCAUCCCUAAGUAUCUGUCCUCUCCUCGUUCUGUCUGUGUGGGUGGCACUAUAUAUCUGGUUGCUGACAACACUAAGAAAGUCUUCUCUUAUGAUCCAGAGGCAAACAUGUGGCAGAAGGUCCAGCUUCUUCACAUGCUCCAUGAGAAUGGCGGCCUGGUAACGCUGGAUGGCAAGCUGUUUGUCACCGGGGGUCACUGGAAAGGCAUGGAGGGGGACUACGGGGUGGAAGUGGAGGUUUACAACGUAGCGGCCGACACCUGGGAGGUGGAGUCCUUCCUGCCGAGACUUUGGUUCUACAGUGGGGUCUGCACCAUCUUCCUCGACCCAUCCCAGUGGCCCCAGCUUUUCUCCCUCGAUUCAACAUAAUGUCCUCCUGUCCUGAUGGGACUAAACUCAGGGUCGAGGAGUUCGCAGAGACAUG